ACGAGGACCUGCUGGCCCCGGAGAAGGCAGUAAGCGCCGCAGCCUCCCAGGUCCCACGCUACGUCCGGAUCAACACCCUGAAGACUUGUGUGGACGAUGUGAUCGAGUUCUUCAAGCGCCAGGGAUAUACCUAUCUGGGCAAGGCAGUCAGUGUGGAGGAGAUGAAGGCCCUUUCUGGAAAAAAAUUCAUGUUGGAUCUGCAUCUUCCGGAGCUGUUGGUUUUCCCUUCACAGACAGACCUCCAUGACAACCUGCUGUAUACUUCAGGACACAUAAUUCUGCAGGACAAGGCCAGCUGCCUCCCUGCCUUCCUCCUUGGCCCUGUUGCUGGCUCCCAUGUCAUCGAUGCCUGUGCUGCCCCUGGAAACAAGACAAGCCACCUGGCUGCCAUCCUGAAGAACAAGGGACAGAUCUUUGCCUUUGAUGUGGACCCCAAGCGCGUGGCCACCAUGAACACACUGCUGACACGGGCAGGGGUCACUGGCUGUCAGCUGGUCCAGCAGGACUUCCUGACCGUGGACCCCAGAGACCGCAAAUACAGCAGGGUAACCCACAUCCUUCUCGACCCAUCCUGCAGUGGCUCAGGGAUGGUGACGCGGGGGCCAGGGGAGGAGGCGGCCCCGAGUGCUGAGCGCUUGCAGGCGCUGGCUGGCUUCCAGCACCGUGUCCUCAGCCAUGCCCUGAGCUUCCCAGCUCUCCAGUGCCUGGUCUACUCCACCUGCUCCCUGCACCAGGAAGAGAAUGAGGAUGUGGUGCAGGCUGUACUGCAGGAGUGGGGCUCGGCCUUCAGGCUGGUGACUGCCUUCCCGUCGUGGCCCUGCCGAGGGCUCGCGGCCUUCUCUGGAGCAGAGAGCUGCCUCCGUGCUUCCCCUGCAGAGACCCUCACCCACGGCUUCUUCGUGGCUGUGCUGGAGCGGUGCAGGGAAGGGGCUGCUGCCCCCAGCUCCCUGCCUGCAGCAGCUAAGGAGAGCCCGCAGCCAGGAGAGGGAGCAGAGCCAGGAGCAGCUCCCAAGAAGAGGAAAAAGCAGCGGGUGAAAGAAUGAAACAACAUUUUCUGGACAAACCCCUGCACAGCUGUGGCUGUGGGGAACACAUACUGGCCUGAACACAAGUCAAGCUCUGUGCUAACUGCAGUCAUAGCGAGAAUUCUGUAAUGCUGGGGACUGAGUGCCAAUGCUGGGACCACCCUGGUGCCAGGAAGGGGCAACUGCUCACCCAGGGCUGCCCCUUGCAGCCAGCCCCUGCCCCAGGUUUGCUCCCAAGGCAAUCCCCACUCGGCACCCUGCAAGGCUGGGGUCCUCCAGCUGGAUUAAGGGUAGUUUAUCAUGUUACCUCCUGAAAAAAAUUCACUGUAGGGAUGAAGCAGAUUAAAAGUUUCUCUCUUUUUGCUGUUUUUUCCAA